CUCCACGACAGCCCACGAUAUAAUGGCGACGACGCAACUCGCGCGACCUGCAAGGUCUACACGGUCACUGUACAAGCACAUACUCCGUCUUCCGCCGUCUGCGAGGGUCCUGGCGUACAGCAGCGUAGCCACCACUCGAAAUCACGAUACCACCACGUUUCCCCCUCCAUGGAGACCAUCUCACGUUCUGGACGAAUGGGUAAUGCGCGAUGCCCGACCAAUCAGCCUACGACAGCUUGGAUUCUUCGGUAGGACGCUGACGGACGAGCGCCUUAUCAGCGCAGCCAACUACGUGCGCCUGGAACUGCCCACGAGAAUUGCGCAUCGGCUCCGCGACUUUCAAACCCUCCCGUACUCUGCCUUGACAAACGAGCACAUUGGCUAUGUCUACGAGCUGUACUACUCCGCUUUCGAGCGUGUGCGCAAAGUACCCGAGAUCCGCGACUUGGAGAGCAACGAACGCUUCUGCUCGGUUCUCGACCACAUCUUAAACGAGCAUCUACCCGUCAUCCCGCGAUUGGCCAUGGGCGUGCUCGAAAUCAAAGACGUCGUCGGGGCUGACGAGUGUGAUCGGUUCAUGACUAUGCUUCUGCGUUCGCGCAUUAGUCGCAGACUGAUUGCGCAGCAACACCUAGCACUGACGGAGAGAUUUAAUGCGCCGCGCCAGCCGACCAAGGCUUCGAGCUCCACGACCGAUGAUGAUUACGUGGGACACAUACUCCUCAAGUGCAACGCAAAGGACAUCAUCGAGCGAUGUGCAGAGAGCUCCAAACAGCUCGUGGAGAAGGCCUACGGCCCGGACGUCUCCAUCCCCAAAGUCGUCGUGCAAGGCCAUCUGGACACCACCUUCCCCUACAUCCUCUCCCACAUCGAGUACAUCAUCGGCGAGCUGCUGCGAAACAGCAUCCAAGCCGUCGUCGAGCAACGCGGCGGCCCCAACCCCCCACCAAUCGAAGUCCUAAUCUGCGAAGCAGCACAGCACGUCAUCAUCCGCGUAUCCGACCAAGGCGGAGGCGUGAGUCAAGACAUCCUGCCCUACCUCUGGUCCUUCACCAAAGGCCCGCGUCGCGACCGCCGACUCCAGAAUUUAGGCCAGGUGCCCAAACUCGCCGCCACCAUGCACGAGCUGCAAAUGUCGCCUGCGCUGUCUGAUCAACAGCAACAUCACGCCGAGAAGCACGGGAGCUCGCUGUCGUCGUUUGUGAGUAGGCCUCCGAACCUUCGCUUGGGAAUGGGAUUGCCGAUGGCGAAGAUCUACGCCGAGUACUGGGCGGGCAGUCUGGAGUUGCAUAGUCUGGAGGGAUAUGGGUGCGAUGCGUUUUUGCAGAUUAGUCGGCUGGGCAACAAGAAUGAGGUCUUGACCACGAGGGCUAGCAUGGAUGCCAUUUGAUGUUGGCAGGCUACAGCGGGGAGUGUUUGUCUAGCUUCAAUCUUUCCCAAUUACUACUGUCAAUUUGAUACUCAAAAAUAUUCUCGACCAGUGCGAGUGCGGCGACUGAGGCGGAGUUAUUCGGAAGCCACGGCUUGAAACACCCCCACGAAAAUCCAACCCUCCGCCC